AGGCAGCAGCAGGCGUGGGCGUCUUAGGUCAGAUUUUGGGUUCCUUCACAGUCAGUCAUCAGCCUGACUCUCCUUGAGCUUUAAAAAAUUAUUUGAAUCUAAAUCAAAGCCAUGCCUCGAUCCCGAUUCGAUUUCCGGCAGAUGGGCUUUGGCUCUGGUAAUACCGCCAGCCUGUGGAAGCGUCUUACCUUCCUGGUGGCCAUUCCGGCCAUUGUUUUGUGCGCUGUCAACGCCUUCUCUGGGCACGGGCAUCAGGAACGUGAGCCCUUCACCAAGUACGAGUAUCUACGGCGAAGGACCAAGAGAUUUCCUUGGGGCGAUGGCGAUCGCAGCCUGUUCCACAAUGCCGACAAGAAUGCCCUGUCCGAGGGCUACGAGGAUGAGACUCCACCGGCGGAAUAAUAUUCCAAAGCCAAAAACAUGGUUUCUUCUUGAGUUUUUUGACCACUGGACAACUGCAUUUUAGAGUAUACUUUAUCCAAAACUCAGGGAUAUCGUGGAGUCCCUGGACUGACGACCAAAACUUCUACAUUUAUAAUCCACCAACUGCAUGUGUUUCUUUGCAAACAAUAAAUUAACCAUUGAAAUCUGA